CUUUCAAACUCACCAUAAUCUACUUUUCAAUUUAGAGUAACAAUGCCGACGAAAGCAUUGGUACCACCAAAAGCUGCAAUUGCUGGCAAUAAGCGAGGUCGCAGUCGUACACCUUCGAUCGCACCUACUGCUGCUGCUGAAACAACAAACCCCAAAACACCGGGUAAACGUAAAGCAUCUGGUGAAAUUGAUGGAAUUGGAAAUGGAAAGUUGAAUGCGCUAGCAACACCAUCCGUGGCUGGUACGCCAAGAAGUGCAAAAAGAACAAGACAAGAUCCAUCAUUGUAUGUGAUCAAAAAAGGAAUAAAUGCAUUGCCUGCACCCAUCCUGCCCAUCACAAAAGCAUUGUUAAAGGAACACCUGGCAAGCUCAGUCAGUUCACCUUUUAGCAAUGUUCCACAGAACGCCGAAGAUUUGUCUAAACAGCCUCCCGUUCUUACCAGAGAAAUGUUUGUGUUUGGAAAUGGUGAUAUGGGACAACACGGGCUAGGAACGGAUGUUCUGGAUGAGAUCAAAAGACCAAGAAGACAUGUAAUGCUUGGUGAUUUGAUCAAAGAAGGAAAGCUAGGCUCACAAGGCUUGGAAACUGUGGCAGCAGGAGGUAUGCAUACACUGGCAAUUGAUUCGACCGGAAGAAUAUUCUCGUGGGGAAUCAACGAUAAUGCUUGUUUGGGCAGAGAAACAUCCAGAGAUCCAAACGUAGAAACAGAAGAAUUGGAAACGCAGCCUUUACCUGUUGAAGGACUUUCACCUACCGGACAGGGUAUCCUUGGAGGGGAAGCAUCGGCAGGAGGAGGUACGGAAGGCGCAGUGGAACACUUCAGAGCAACGCGAGUAGCAGCUGGUGACAGUGUUAGUGUAGCAUUAAGUGAUCGUGGCGAAUUGCGUGUUUGGGGAAGUUUCCGAUCCAAUGAUGGUUUGUUGGGCUUUGAUGGAACAAUUGGCUCGGCAAAGCUGCAAUACAAGCCCGUCUCCCUUCCUGCAUUGAUCAAGCAUAGCUUUGUACAAGUAUCUUGUGGUGCAGACCACGUCUUGGCUCUAUCUACCGAAGGUAUCGUUUUCUCUUGGGGUAAUGGACAGCAAGGUCAAUUGGGCAGACGAAUCAUUGAAAGACGCAAGAUCAACGGUCUUACACCUGAGAGAUUACAUUUACGCGAUAUCGUUUCGAUCGGUGCUGCAGCUUAUCACAGCUUUGCUAUCGAUAAGCGUGGUGAAGUUUGGGCAUGGGGUCUCAAUACUCUAAGUCAAUUGGGUGUUGGAACAAAGGAUGAUGUUCUGACUAUGCCUGAACGCGUUCCAAGUCUUUCGCCAAAGAAUUUGGGAGGAGCACGAGUCAUUCAAGCACAUGGUGGUCAGCAUCACAGCUUGUUCCUGCUUGACGAUGGUCGUGUGUUUGGCUGUGGGCGAUGUGAUGGAUUGGAACUUGGAAUUCCUGAAUCGCAUCCUGCGAUGAAAGAAGUUGUGGAAGCACGCAAUGCAUGGUCAGCUCAACGUGAUGAAGAGCUCAAGAGCGAAAUGGUGGCAUACGAGAAGAGAAUGGCAGAAAAGAGAGCAUCGCAGACUGGCCCAGGAGGUGGUGGUAUUUCGGGAACAGAAAUGAUUUUGAGCGAAGAAGAUAUGCCACCUCGUCGCGGUCCACCUCCGGAUGAAUAUGUUCGAGUCCCGGCGCAUAUACCCUUCCCUAACGAUGCAAAAAUCACGAGCAUCUCUUGUGGUGCACGACACAAUUUGGCCGUCGAUCAAAGCGGCACUGUAUACUCUUGGGGAUUCGGUGUCUCAUCUCAAUUAGGUCAAGGGGACGAAGAGCAAAUCGAAACGCCUACGCCUGUUGUGAGCAAACAACUGAAACCGUUCAGUACAGUAUUCGCAAAUGCAGGAGGUCAACAUUGCGUACUUUUAGCAGUGAGCAAAGGCGAAGAAGAAAUGAAUGGAGCAUCUGCAUAAUACCUUGUACUUUGAAAAUUGAUCGAUGUGAUGACCUUGUUUUCUUUUACUUACAUGAAGAUUUUGAUUGGAUGAAAUUGUAUUGUUACAGAUGAU